ACCGCAAAGUUUCCCCUCUUUCGAGAACAGUUUCUCCCGGCCUCUCCUCCGAGGACUGAGCCUUCAGCCUGGGAACGACGGCGCCGCCGCCUGCGUCCAUUUGCCAUGUUCUCAGCCUUUAUCCGCCGGGUCAACGCCAUCAAAAAGCGCAUCCCGAUCCUAAAUACGCUGCAGCUCGACUUCAUUUUUAUGCACUAUACCUAUAUCAUUUCCUGGAUCAUCCUUGGUUCCGUCAUAACCUUCGCCGGCGGAAAUAUUGCCUACAUCGAUGCCCUUUUCCUAUCGGCCGGCGCCAGCACCCAGAGUGGACUGAACACCGUCAACCUAAACGAGCUCUACCUAUACCAGCAAAUUAUCCUAUGGCUCAUUACAUGUCUCUGUACCCCAAUCUUCAUCCAUGGUGCUCUCGUCUUCAUCCGUCUGUAUUGGUUUGAGAAGCGCUUCCAGAAUGUGGUCCGGGAUGCACGUGCGCUGCGCUCUACCCGCUCGCGCAUGGAUACCGUGAGCCAGGGGAAGAACAGCCAGGAUAUAAAUCGGGCGGAGCUUGGCGUUAGUGGUCGAUCGAUAGUAGUGCUUCGCAAUGACUCCGGAGACGCACGCGAAAGUCGUCUGCCAGAUCCCAGCGCAGUCCAAGCUGAUGGAUCGUCGGAUUCCGAGUCCCCCACGUCCAAGGAGGCCACAAAUCAAUCCACCCCGAACACCUCGCAAAAUGAUAUUAGGAGUCGGUUCGGACUGGGUAAUUUGCGACUGCCGACCCAGCUGAGUCCAGAGCAUCACAUUGCGUUCGUGGAAAACCAGCGAAAGAAUAAGGGUGCUUUGCGCAUUCCCAGUCCUCGCGAGUAUGACCGUGGUGGUGUCCCGGAGGAUUUGGAAGAAGGCGGCGGAGAUGAGGGAGAGAAUGAUCAGACCAACGAGCCGCUUAGUCCUAAAUCCCGGAGGCCGAGCUCUGGGUCCUCUGAGGACGACCAGGUUCCUCCUAUGGAUGGGCCGCAUAUCACUAUUAAUGAGCCCGACUUCACUCGGACUCGUACUCGUGGCAAUACGUUCGCACGCCUGGAUACUCGACCGACCAUGCGUGAUACAAUGACUAAAGAUGUGAACGAUGCCAACGAUGACGACGCUGGGCUGGGCCCGUCUAACACAAGAAAUACCGUCCGAGGGAUUUGGCGAUCUCUGACACAUGAAAGAGAGCGUCCCACCCAGCCGUAUCUCAGUUGGAACGCCACUGUGGCUCGAAACUCGAAUUUCGUUGACUUGACCGAGGAGCAACGUGACGAGUUAGGCGGCAUUGAGUAUCGUGCUCUCAAAACUCUCGCGGUUGUGCUGAUCUCCUAUUAUGUCGGAUUUCAUCUUCUUGGCCUUAUUAGUCUGAUUGGCUGGAUCAUGACAGAGAACAAAUGGGGUGAUGUUGUUAGAGCAGACGGUGUUGGACGUCCUUGGUGGGGAAUUUUCACUGCUUCCUCGGCUUUCAAUGACCUUGGCUUCACUCUCACGCCUGACUCCAUGUACUCUUUCCAAACCGCCAUCUUUCCCUUGCUUCUUAUGGCGUUCUUGAUCAUCAUUGGCAACACGGGUUUCCCAUGCAUGUUGCGACUGAUGAUCUGGAUCUUAUCAAAAUUCGCUCGCCAAGGAACUGCUCUCUGGGAAGAGCUUAAGUUCCUUCUUGACCACCCCCGUCGUUGCUUCACCCUUCUAUUCCCCCGCAAUGCCAGCUGGUGGCUUUUUGCCAUCCUCAUGGCCUUGAACUGCAUCGAUGUGAUCUUCUUUAUCAUCCUAGAUUUAAAUGACUCUGCUGUAACAAAAUUCCCAGUUGGAAUUCGCGUUCUGGACGGCUUCUUCCAAGCAGCAGCAACCCGAACAGCCGGUUUCGGCAUCGUCAGCCUAUCAGACCUCCACCCUGCAAUCCAAGUCUCCUACCUAAUCAUGAUGUACAUUUCCGUAUUUCCAAUCGCUAUCUCCAUGCGACGAACAAACGUGUACGAAGAAAAGAGUCUAGGAAUCUACGGCUCCGCCGACGAAGACAACGACGACGAAAACCAAACGGCACCCUCUUACAUCGGCGCCCAUUUACGACGUCAACUCAGUUUCGAUUUGUGGUACGUUUUCCUCGGGUUGUUCAUCAUCGCCAUUGCCGAAGGAGGCCGCCUUGAAAGCUCAACAGAUUACAACUUCCAACUCUUUACUGUACUUUUCGAGGUCGUCUCCGCUUACGGUACUGUCGGACUCUCAUUCGGAUAUCCUGGCGUCGAUACAUCCUUUUCGGGUCAAUUCAACGUCAUCUCGAAAUUGGUCAUUAUCGCUAUGCAGAUCCGUGGUCGGCAUCGUGGUUUGCCUUAUGCUCUCGAUCGUGCUGUCCUUUUACCUUCGGACGCGCUUAAUCGGCACGAAGCUGAGGAUACGGAACGAAGGAUGCGGAGGCGUGCGUCUAAUCUUAGUGGUGCUGGGUCGAUGGGUCGUCCUUCGAGGACCUUCUCAUCGGCCAGACCUGAUGCGGCGGCUUCAGGUAUGGAAUCGCAUGAUUGGCAGACUAAUGGGGAUGCACUUACCCAUCGCUCGGCGACUAUUCGGUCGAAUCGUUAG